AUGACGGUCCAGACAGGUAGAAUUGAUCUUAGUUGCCACGCAAGAGCAUAUUCAAACGUGAGUUGCUUUGAGAACGAGCGAAGAGCUCUCCUUGAGUUUAAGAAAGAUCUAAUUGACAAAUCAAAUCGCUUGGCAUCCUGGACCGGAGAAGAUUGUUGCUCAUGGGAAGGAGUUGGAUGUAGCAGGAACACUCGACAUGUGGUGAAACUUGAUCUGCGUAAUAAUGCUGCUUUUGAUCUUGAUCGAUUUUGGAGGGGGGACACGCAAAAUUAUGUGUCUAUCUAUGGUGAAACUUGUUUGGGAGGCCAGAUAAGUCCUUCGUUAGUGAAUUUGCAGCAUUUGCAUUACUUGGAUUUAACCUCGAAUUAUUUUGCAGGAAUUCGGAUCCCAGCAUUUAUAGGAUCAUUGAAAAACUUGAGAUAUCUCAACCUUUCUAAUGCAGGUUUCAAUGGGACAAUUCCUCCUCAAAUAGGAAAUCUCUCAACCUUAGAAUAUCUUGCCCUUGGUAAUAAAGCAGAAGGUUUUAGUUAUUGGAAAAGUGAUUAUUAUCUGUCCACUAAGAGUCUCUGGUGGAUCACUAGCCUUUCUUCCUUGAAACAUUUGGACCUCUCGGGAGCGGACCUAGGAGAGGCUCAAGACUGGUUGCAAGCAUUUAACAAGCUUCGUUUCUUAUCCUCGUUAACAUUACGAUUUUGUCGUAUUUAUUCCUUUCCUUAUAUUGCACACCUUAAUUUCACAUCUCUUACCUCACUUGACCUCCAUGACAAUGCAUUUAACUCCUCAAUCCCUCUCUGGUUGUUUAAUUUGACUUCACUGGUUCAUCUCGACCUCAGUUCCAAUAGUUUUUUUGGUCCAGUAGUUCCUCACAGCCUUCAGCAUUGGACUUCACUGAGCUACCUCGAUCUUAGCGGCAAUCAAUUCAAUGCUUCACUGCCCGAUUCACUUUUCACUUUGAACAAUCUCGUCCAUCUGGACUUGAGUGAUAACCAAAUCCAAGGCCCACUCCCCUUCGGCCUAGGCAACCUAACUUCUCUUUCCGUACUGGACAUGGGAGGUAACAAGUUUGAAGGCAAAAUCCCAAGUGCGAUUGGGCAACUUCGAGAACUCACCGAACUCGAUCUCAGUGAUAAUAGGUUCAAUGGUACCAUUCCAUCCUCUCUUUGGAGGCUGAGUGAGUUGAAAUCCUUGUAUCUAUCUGGCAAUCCAUUGAGCGGGGAGUUGCGUGACAUUCACUUUGCCCAACUCGCAAAACUGAAAGAGUUAGUAUUAUCCUCCACUCUACUUGCUCUGAACGUGAGUUCCUCGUGGGUCCCACCAUUCCAGCUUCACGCUAUAGAUACGAGUUCCAUCAAGAUGGGGCCCAAAUUUCCUCUCUGGCUUCAAACUCAGAAAAGAGUCGAAUAUCUGGGCAUGUCAGAUGCAAGCAUCUCAGAUACCAUCCCAGAUUGGUUUGAGAGAGUGUGUCAUGGUAUAAAAUCUUUGGAUUUCUCCAACAAUUACAUCACAGGGAAACCACCCGUGUGCAAAGGCAACAGUGGUUAUGAAUUUGGCAAAAUGUUUUAUUUGGAGUCCAACAAAUUCGAGGGGCCUUUGCAAUUGUUACCAACAGAUAUUGCUGGAUUGUAUCUUCAAAAUAACUCACUGCAAGGGAUUAUUCCACAGCCCGACAUCAACAUGACAUUGGAUAUUCUUCGAGUACUAGAUCUCAGUGAUAACCACUUCAUCGGCAGCAUCCCUGAUUCUUUGUGCAGCUUACAAAUGCUUGUUGUCCUGGAUCUUUCUAACAACCAGCUCUCCGGAAGGAUCCCUUCAUGCAUUGGUAAGCUUAAAACGUUGGGUGUGCUAAAUCUAGCAAACAACAGUCUCUACGGGCACAUUCCAAUUUCAUUGGGACAUCUCAAUUUUCUCCAGUCUUUGCACUUGGACCGAAACAAGUUUACAGGGAUGGUCCCAUUCUCUCUCAGACAUCUGGAAAAUUUGCAGUAUCUUGAUCUUGGAAAAAAUGGACUAGAGGGCAUUAUACCAGCAUGGAUUGGGGAUGAACUAUCUAGUCUGAAGAUCCUUGUGCUUGAAUCUAAUAAUUUCCAUGGUGACAUUUCCAUGAACCUCUGCAAAUUAUCAUCCCUUCGGGUUUUAAAUUUGGAAGACAACAACUUAACUGGACAUAUACCUCGCUGUUUUAACAACUUUACAGCAAUGACAUUGACAGAAUUGGACCCUACAGUUACUAGAUAUAUUGAAGAACUCUCACUUUUCGUCAAAGGUGAAAUGUUGAACUACACCUCAAGCAAUGUGGCAUAUGUUAGAUUCAUGGGGCUCUCGGGAAAUAAACUGAGUGGGGAAAUACCUGUCGAGUUAAUGUCUCUUGUUGGAUUGCAGGGUUUGGAUUUAUCUAGGAACCAUCUAAGUGGAAGAAUCCCAGAAAACAUUGGGAACUUGAGCCAACUUGAGUCUCUGGAUUUAUCCAAAAAUGAUCUUUCUGGUCCAAUUCCCCAAAGUUUGUCGAACCUAGAUUCUCUGGGCUGGCUGAACUUGUCGUUCAACAAGCUAACUGGUCGAAUUCCAUCCGGACGUCAUCUGCAGACAUUAGACGACCCAACCAUUUACAUGGGAAACAGUGGACUUUGUGGUGAACCGCUAGACAGAAGCUGCCCUGAUGGUAAAUCAAAUGCCGGAGAAUCUGAUGGUGACCAUGAAGAUGGCAAGGAGUCUUAUUUUUAUUGGUUUUAUGCUGGUUUGGGACCUGGUUUUGCUGUUGGACUCUUGGGAUUCUUCAGUGUCCUAUGUUUCAAAAAGUCAUGGCGCUAUGCAUACUUCGGAUUUCUGGAGAACUUGUUGAAUAAAGUAUCGGUAGAAAUUGCAUUGCUAAAAAGGAAGUUUGUUUGAUUGAUUUUACAUGCAUCAUGAAUUAUAUAGGAUGUAUGCUUCAUCUUAUUGUAAAAUAAUAAAGUAUAAAUAAGGCAUUUCCACUUCCUUUUUGGCGUGCA